ACCUUUCAUCAGCACGAGAAUUUGCAAGCUCCCUAUCUAGGGAAGGAACCGCUGCAAGUUGCAAACACCUAUCAAAUCCCCCAGGCUACUCCUCCUGCAAACCUACAAUCUGCCAUGGAUCCCAGUGCCCAAAUGUUGCCAGAAGCAUCUCCCAAUUCACACCACUCUCCUCAAAACGACCCGGCUUCUCCUUUUCCUAAUCCCCAACUCCCCUCGCCGGCCAAAUCACCACCAAAGCGAGCGAGCACCUCGCUCGAUCUCGUGUCCCAGCAGGCGGAGAAGCGAGCGGCGCCCGCGACGGGCCAAGAUGGAGGCGGAGGGGACGCCGAUCUGCAGGCGAUGCAGGUCCCUCCCGGUGGAGCUGCCGGUGCACAGGCUCUCCCCAGUGCGGCUCAAGCCAUCGCCGACUCGAGAGGCGGAGGAGGAAUCCUUGGAGCAAGGCCAAGCUUCUCCAACAAACCAAGGUCAAAUCCCAACCCCACUCUUUCCGCUGCAAGGAGCAGGAAUCGACGUAGACCUUCAGGAUGGGAUGUUGAAGAGGUUGCCAAUGCUGGAAUUGGCCACAGAGUUGUUGGGAUUACUCACCAUAAACCUGGUGCUUCCACCCGGCGUCGUGUUCACCGGGCUCAAGAAGUGGCUGUGGGCAAUGCUGGUGGCAGAGAUGCUGGCCAGACUGUGGGGAUAUUUGGUAUCCCCAAUUCUGCUUCAAACUGUGCAUCGCCGGCUCAUAGCAGCUCGGCUCAUCGAGCAGACCAUGAUCCCUGGCCGCUACACACGCCGUCGCCGUCUCACUCUAUGGCUACGCAAGAUUCUCAACAAGGAGGUUUCUCACCUCCUCCUUUGGCUCGCGAGCACUAUGUGGGUAUGGAUGGCUGUUUUGGCACUGAUGCAACCGGAGGCCAGGCAAAUGUUCAAGGCCAAAUUCAACUGGGCACCUCUAGCAAUGAUGCUACACAAGCUGUGUGUGACAACUCUGGGAGAACAAGCAUGGACAUGGAUCUCGAGGCAGCGGCGCCAGCCCUUAAGGCGCCACGGGCGCCAUGAGAGCCUUAGGAUGGAACUGCCAAGGUAUGGGCAGGACCCUUGGCAGUAACAAGAUGGUGUAUCUUGCCCGGAUGAUAGCCUCUACUAAACCUCAGCUUUGUAGUGCCCUCUCGAAGACGCUCGGGCGGGCUCUGGUUGAUGUGGAAUGACGAGCUUCAAGUGACUGUGAAUAGUUCUAGUACCCAUGUUAUCCUAGCUACUGUAGUUUAUAGCACUAGAAAUCUUAAAUUUGGCUUAGUGUGUAUAUAUGGUGAUCCGUAUCAUCGACAAACUAGUGCUAUCUGGGAAGAAGUUGCUGCUUUUGUGCAUGAUAACUCAACUCUUCCAAUGCUAUGUAUGGGAGAUAUGAAUGAGCUUUUGUAUGAUAUGGACAAGAAUUCCACUAAUAUAAAUCGUAGUCGCUUGUAUGCUUUCAGAUCCUUGGUUAAAAAUUGUGGUUUCUUUGAUCUUGGUUUUAGUGGCCCGGCUUACACUUGGACUAAUAAGCGCUUUUCUUCCAAACCCACUUAUGAGAGAUUGGAUAGAUGUCUUGUUAAUGCUGAUUGGUGUGAUGUUUUUCCCAUUUCCAAUGUUUAUAAUAUGCCUAUUAUUCACACCCUUAGUG